GGCCACUGGGUGUGGUGAAGGCGACGCACUUGAAGCCGCGGUCUCUUUUCUCGUCUUCUGACACCGCCUGCGGUCCAACGGGCUGGUUCAUGCUGAGCUGGGGGCGCGGACUUCGGCCAGGUUGUGCGAAGGUGAAAUAAAGAUAACUACAGCUUUCUGUGAAAAUGUCAGUUCUGAUAUCACAGAGUGUUAUAAAUUAUGUGGAAGAAGAAAACAUUCCUGCUCUGAAAGCUCUUCUUGAAAAAUGCAAAGAUGUUGAUGAGAGAAAUGAGUGUGGCCAGACUCCACUGAUGAUAGCUGCUGAGCAAGGCAAUCUGGAAAUAGUGAAAGAAUUGAUUAAGAAUGGAGCUAACUGUAAUCUGGAAGAUUUGGAUAAAUGGACAGCACUUAUAUCUGCUUCAAAAGAAGGACACAUACACAUUGUGGAAGAGCUACUUAAAUGUGGGGUUAACUUGGAGCACCGUGAUAUGGGGGGAUGGACAGCUCUCAUGUGGGCAUGCUACAAAGGCCGGACUGAUGUGGUAGAGUUGCUUCUUUCUCAUGGCGCCAGUCCAAGUGUCACUGGUCUGCAGUAUAGCGUUUACCCAAUCAUUUGGGCAGCAGGAAGAGGCCAUGCAGAUAUAGUGCAUCUUCUACUGCAAAAUGGUGCUAAAGUCAACUGCUGUGAUAAGUUUGGAACCACCCCUUUGGUUUGGGCUGCACGAAAGGGUCAUUUGGAAUGUGUGAAGCAUUUAUUGUCCAUGGGUGCUGAUGUCGAUCAAAAAGGAGCAAAUUCAAUGACUGCACUUAUUGUGGCAGUAAAAGGAGGCUACACACAGUCAGUAAAAGAAAUUUUGAAACGGAAUCCAAAUGUAAAUUUAACUGACAAGGAUGGAAACACAGCCUUGAUGAUUGCAUCAAAGGAGGGACAUACGGAGAUUGUGCAGGAUCUGCUGGAUGCUGGGACAUAUGUGAACAUACCUGACAGGAGUGGGGAUACUGUGUUGAUUGGUGCUGUCAGAGGUGGUCAUGUCGAAAUUGUUCGAGCACUUCUCCAAAAAUAUGCUGAUAUUGACAUUAGAGGACAGGACAAUAAAACUGCUUUAUAUUGGGCUGUUGAAAAGGGAUAUGCAACAAUGGUGAGAGAUAUCCUACAGUGCAAUCCUGAUACUGAAAUAUGCACAAAGGAUGGUGAAACCCCACUGAUAAAGGCCACCAAGAUGAGAAAUAUCGAAGUAGUAGAGCUGCUGCUAGAUAAUGGAGCUAAGGUGUCUGCGAUAGAUAAGAAAGGAGAUACUCCCUUGCAUAUUGCUAUUCGUGGAAGGAGUCGGAAACUGGCAGAACUUCUUUUAAGAAAUCCCAAAGAUGGGCGUUUACUUUAUAGGCCAAACAAAGCAGGAGAGACUCCUUACAACAUUGACUGUAGCCAUCAGAAAAGCAUUUUAACACAAAUAUUUGGAGCCAGACACUUGUCUCCUACCGAAACAGAUGGUGACAUGCUUGGUUAUGAUUUAUAUAGCAGUGCCCUGGCAGAUAUUCUCAGUGAACCUACCAUGCAGCCGCCCAUUUGCGUGGGGUUGUAUGCACAGUGGGGAAGUGGGAAAUCUUUCUUACUCAAGAAACUAGAAGAUGAAAUGAAGACAUUUGCAGGACAACAGAUUGAACCGCUUUUUCAGUUUUCUUGGCUUAUCGUGUUUCUUACCCUGCUACUUUGUGGAGGGCUUGGCUUAUUGUUCGCUUUUACGGUUGACCCAAAUCUUGGCAUAGCAAUUUCAUUGAGCUUCCUGGCGCUCUUAUAUAUAUUCUUCAUUGUCAUUUACUUUGGUGGACGAAGGGAAGGAGAGAGUUGGAAUUGGGCCUGGGCCAUCACCAGAUUGGCAAGGCAUAUUGGCUAUUUGGAACUUCUCUUCAGACUCAUGUUUGUGAACCCACCUGAACUGCCAGAGCAAACUACAAAAGCUUUGCCUGUGAGAUUUUUGUUUACAGAUUACAAUAGGCUGUCCAGCGUAGGUGGAGAAACUUCCUUGGCUGAAAUGAUCGCAACCCUCUCAGAUGCUUGUGAGAGAGAGUUUGGCUUUUUGGCAACCAGGCUUUUUCGAGUAUUCAAGACUGAAGAUACUCAGGGUAAAAAGAAGUGGAAAAAAACUUGCUGUCUGCCAUCAUUUGUCAUCUUCCUUUUUAUCUUUGGCUGCAUUAUUGCUGGAAUUACUCUUCUGGCUCUAUUCCGAGUUGACCCAAAACAUCUGACAGUAAAUGCUGUCCUCAUCUCAGUUGCGUCUAUGGUGGGGUUGGCCUUUGUGCUGAACUUUCGUACAUGGUGGCAAGUUGGACUCUCUCUUGAAUCUCAAAGAAAACGCCUCCAUCACGCUGCUUCCAAAUUGCACAAGUUGAAAAGUGAAAGGAUUCAUGAAA